CCUGCCAGGGCGGGUGGGGCCAGGCCCCGACCAGGUAGAGCUGUCCGGCUGCCGGUGGAGGGACACAAUGCGGUGCUGUCGCGCCUGUACAUUCGACGCAGCCCGGGGCCCUUGGCGGCUUAUGCGCGUGGGCCUCGCCCUCAUCCUGGUGGGCCACGUGAACCUGCUGCUGGGGGCCGUGCUGCAUGGCACCGUCCUGCGGCAUGUCGCCAACCCCCGAGGUGGCGUCACCUCCGAGUACACCACAGCCAAUGUCAUCUCUGUGGGCUCAGGGUUGCUGAGUGUUUCCUUGGGACUUGUGGCCCUCAUGGCAUCCAGGAAUCUUUUUCGCCCACAACUGCACUGGGCCCUGCUGGCAGUAGGUCUGGUGAACCUGCUCUUGUCCACUGCCUGCUCCGUGGGUCUCCUCCUCGCUGUGUCACUUACUGUGGCCAAUGGUGGCCGCCGGCUCAUUGCCGACUGCCAUCCAGGACUGCUGGAUCCUUUGGUACCACUGGACCAGGGGCCUGGACACGCCGACUGCCCCUUUGAUCCCACAAGAAUCUAUGAUACAGCCUUGGCUCUCUGGAUUCCUUCUUUGCUCAUGUCUGCAGUGGAGGCUGCUCUCUCUGGUUACUGCUGUGUGGCAGCCCUCACCCUCCGUGGGGUGGGACCAUUCAGGAAGGAAAGGCUACAGGGGCAGCUGGAGGAACUGAGAGAGCUUGAACAUCCUAAAUGUAAUAGGCAGGAUAGUGAGCAGCUACUGGGUCAAAAUCAAGAAAUCCAGGCAUCACAGAAAAGUUGGGCUUAGGACAGGUGCUGCUGAUCCAAAGGCUCAGUCCACAGGGCUUUCCACUGACCUCUAGGUGGCAUGAACACUGUAAUAAAAGGACUUUUCUUCUA